AUUGCAUUUGUUCUGUAAAAUAACGUUAACCUAAUGCAUGCAUGCUGCCACCGUUGAGGAAUUUCGGAACUAACAUUAUUUUUAACAUAUUGCAAAACGAAGAAGUGAAUCAUUCUAUAUAUAUUAAUUUUAAUAAUUUCCAAACAAUUAUGGAAACAUAAAUGUAUUGGAGCAAUUAUUUAUAAAUAAUAAGAAAUUCGCAUAUUACUCAUAUAUGUAUCUUAAUGAAGCACGUGCCUUAAAUAUUUUAACAUAAUCGAAACAAAGUGCCUAAUAAUCCAAAAAAGCAACAAAAUCGAAACAACAUGUCUUCAAAUCUAAGAUUUUCGCCGUUUGCAUCGACCAAUAGCAAGAAAUCAGUAAUUUUGUCAGCUCAACAGCAACCGCAGCAGCAAACGCCGGCUAUAACAGCUGUCCGAAUGAGAAAAUCAGCUACUCCCACAAAUAUUCCAAUGCCAAAGGCACAGAUUGUAAGAGAGCAAAAACCUUCACAAGAGAUUAAGCCUCCGAAUUUCUCAGAUACUGACGAUGACGAACAGGAUUAUUUUGAGGAUGAGUCUGAUGGAAAUCUGUCCAAAGAAGAACGUUAUGUGCUCUUACAACCAAGAGCUGAACCACAAGGACAAGAAAAUUUAUCGGGAAACGUCACGCCAGUGAACGAUAAUCAGCAACUAAAUAUUUACGAAAAAGUUUCAUCGAAUCAACCACAACCACCACCACCGACAAAGGUUAGAUAUGCCAGUGCCUCAACGGAUGCAACAAAUCCACCACAAAGAUUUAGUAAUCGUAGCGUUUCAGUUGAUUUAAGAGAUAAUAAUGGAAGUCAGAGAAAUUCUUUAAUCAUGCAGCAACAACAACAAAGUCAAAAUCAGCAACAGCAGUCAAAUAGAAAUUCCAUUGAACAUCCACAAUCUAAUCGCUCGUCACUGGACGUCUCACAAUCAAGCUAUUCGACAUUAAUCAUUCACGAUAAUAAUGAAUCACAGCCAUUGUUUUCUGGAACGAGUCCAGGAUUUAAGCAUGAUCUUUAUUUCAUUAAUUCAUCCCCAUCGCCACCAAAUUAUAAGAAAGAUAAGAGUGCAUCACGUUCACUUGGAAAUUAUGCUGGUCAUAAUACUGAAGCAAGCACAAUGGCGCCAAUAACUGAGAAUGAACAACAAUAUUUAAAUCAGAGUUAUGUCUUGAAGCAUUUAGCAAAGGAAGUAAAGAUUCCAACAACACUCGACUCAUCGACGAGAGAUUCAGGCGUAUCCGAAAAUAAUUCAUCAUCGAAUCACCAACAACAUUGGCCGGAUAUGAACAGUAGUCGAAGCAAAAGUAAAUCUCAGCCAGAUCUUACAAAGUUGAGUGGAGAUGUGGAGAAUCGUGAAAGUAACAAUUCUGCCAUAAAUACAUUAAACUUUAAUGAUUUCGAACAGUUGGAAAUAGAAAAUAACAAAUUGAGGAGCCAAUUGAAUGAUUGCUUAAUGAAAGUUGCAAAAUCUCAAAAACUUGAACAGGAAGUAUCAAAUAUUUAUCGAGUACAUGAGGAAUUAGUACAAAGUUGUGAGAGACGUGAGCGACUAGAGAAAACAGCCAGAACAAGAUUACAAUCAGAUUGUCGACGCCUACAAGAAUUGAAUCGUGCUUUAAGAGAGCAGGUUGAGACAUUACAGCAACAAUUGAUUAUAGCUACGACACAGCAACAACAACAGCUUGCUAGUACUGGCCGAACGCAACAAGAUCUACUGAUAACGCAACUCAUUCAACAGAACAAGGAAUUGGUUGAUGCAAAUAAACGACAAUAUAUAGAGAUUCAGGCUCAGAGCGCUACCCUUGAGGAACAAAGGAUUCACAUAAAUGUUUUGGAUUCAGCCUUAAAGAGGCUUGAAGAAGAGGUUCGACAAAAGCAACUUUAUCAGAAACAACUUCAGUCAUUAAUAAGUGCUAAUGAGCGUAGAGAUAAAUUACGACUUGAACUUGAAAACGAAUUAUCUAAAGAUUUAAACCGUACGCCUACACAGUGGCAGUUACGCGAGAAAGAUAAUCAAAUGAUGCGUUUGGAGGCAGAAUGCUCGAAAUUUGACCAACGUAAUAUGGAUGAUGGACGGAAUUUAGGUAUGGAUGGAGCGGGACAAGACACAGAUAGAAUAAUAUCUGAAGCACAUUCAGCACAAAGGAAAGUUAAUGAGCUUCAAACUCGUUUGAAAAUGGUAGAAAAUCGAUUGGCAGAAAAGGAGAAGGAGGAUAUAUUAAGGCAGUUACAAGAGCAACAAAAAUUAUAUUCAGCAAACCAAGCGUACAAUAUUUUGAACAAUAACGAUUAUACGCCAUCAUCAUCUUCAAUUGUAUCAUCAACGCCCACAACCCCUUUAAUUUAUAAUACAUCAAAUUACGACAAUUUAAUGCCGUCGUCAAAUAGCUCGAAAACUGUUUCUGCUACAUCAAAUUCAUCGUUUGAUGCUAUUCUAGCCGGUGCAUAUAGUGGACUUUAUCAGCAAAAUUACGUACCAAAAUUAUCAUCCGUUCCACCAACAUCGGCUGGAAUUUCACCAAACACAUCAUGCUCAUCGGCAUCAAAUACAAUGCAGCAUAAGCAUCAAGAGCCUUCAAUCACAUCGUCAUCGAGUGCUUCAAACUAUUUAAAUUAUGAUCAAUCGUUAGAUGAGCAGAGAAAAACGAUUGAUGAUCAGCUUAAAAAAUUAGAUAAUCAGCUAUUAACAAAAAUAUGCUGCUUUCCGAGUAAUCUUCUUAGUAAAAAGCCAGUUUUAGCAGAGGAAAUGGCUGCAUUGACGUCAUCCAAUAAUAAUAGCGACGCUUUCCUACAAAACUUAGCAAACUUGAGGAAUCACAGAGAAAAUACUCCUGCAAACUCAAGCAAUUCUGGCAAGAAUGAAGAAAUUGUGCUGCUAGAGAAGCAAGGUCGUUCAUCUCAAAAAUUACGAAACAAUAAUUUGGCACAAAUUUCCUCGACAAUUGGACAUAACAUGAAUGACAUCAGCAACAUAAGUAAUCAGCCAUCGGAGAAUUCUAAACUACCGAAAAUGUUACUCGCGCCACGCAAGGAUCGUCAAUCAUCAGCUCCACCCUCAGCAUUGCCUCGUCCUCCACGUACAAUGAAGCCACCAAGGAAAAUAGAAUACGGACGAUUGAGUGAAACGGAAUCGAAUAAAUCAAAUAGCAAAAGCGAAUAUGAAAUGAAAACGUCAAGUUUAAAGCGUCAUCAAUCACCAGUCACAUCAAGCGGCUCUAAAAAUUUCGUCGAUAUCAAGACAGAACUGCAAAUGGCCCUGAACUCUACCAAGAAUAAUCCAAAAAGUUAUGGGACAAUAAAAACUGACACAACGAAUAACAUCACGAAAAUUUAUUACUCAAAUAAGCCUGAUUACUUGUCUACAAAGAAUUAUCAGCGCUUACCUGACUCACCGUCUUCGUCUGAUUCACAAAAACGAUUUGUGAGUAGCGGCAAGAAGAUUACAUUUAUGCGUCAAUCGCCUGGUGCGCAGCAUCAAUCACGCGAGGGAUCAAUUUCGAGUGGUUCCAACUCUCGUUCAAGCCCAAAGCCAGACGUUGGCUAUCAGCAAUUGACGCAACGUUCACGGACUAGAACACCGCCAAAGUAUUUAAAUUUAAAUCCGAACAAUCCAACAACGAAAAUUAAUUAUUUGACAAACAGCAACAAUAGCUCACCAACAAAGCCAACCUUACCAAGCUCGAGUGUCUUGCAUCAUGCAUUUCAAGCACACUCGCCAAAUCCUGAUUGGAAACAGCACCAACGCGCAAAUAGUGGAAGAAGCAAUAGUGGUGAAAACAAGUAUCGCAUACAAUUUUAACUUCUUUUUCUUUUGUCCUACUGCAUACAUAAACGAGAAGGAUUAAUCUUUGACAUCCAAAACUCUCUUUUUUUUAUACGCAAGCUUGUAGAAUUGUUAUUAAAGCAGGACAUAAAUACCGAAACUUUGAAGGAUUUUAAUAAAAACUUUUAUGUCAAUGAGC